UUCUUUCAACAGCAGCAACAGUUAGUCAGACACCUCGGUAGCUUGCUAGACAAAAUAGACGAACCGAUAAAGCUCUUUAUACGCUUUAUUAUAUAUUAGCCACUGUGUUUUAAACCCACUAUUGUCGUCUAGUUAGUUAUCCGAUUUAUUUUCAUAUUUACGGUGUUGUUAUUAGUCAGUUAGCCGACUGGUUUAGUUAGCAUUAGCUAGCUAAUAUCUCCGACCAUGAGUUCACUAAGUUACUCUUUUCCUGCUAAAGAAGGGGAGGUCUGCUGGACGGAGAAAGAAGCUCCCGUGAAAGAGGAGGACGAAGAGGUGGAUAUCUCAGUAAAACAAGAAGGAGAGGAGGAGGCCGUUACUGUGAAAGAAGAGGAAGACGCGUUCAGAGUGAAAGAGGAGGAGGAUGCAGUUUAUGGAGUGAAAGAGGAGGAGGAAACUGGAUAUCUGGGCCCGGUUUCUCAAACGCAUCUUAAUAAGGCAUCCAGUGGUUCUAACGAUGAAUUUAGCCAUAAGAUGGUUUUGAGAAACCGUUCCCUGAUUAACACUAGAGAGAGUGGGGACUAUCGUGGAUCCUGUGGGGAUACUCAACAACCUCAUGAUGCUGAAGAGGCAGAGAAGAGUCUCUCCAGAUCAAAACACCUCAAGAAACACCUGCAGAGAUCCACAGGGAAGAGAACUCACUGCUGCUCUGACUGUGGGAAGAGAUUUACCUUAUCAGGCAUUAAAAUUCAUCAGAGAACACACACAGGAGAGAAGCCUUAUAGCUGUGGUCAAUGUGGGAAGAGUUUUAGUCAAUCUGGUGAUCUGACAGUGCACCAGAGAAUACACACAGGAGAGAAACCUUAUAGCUGUGAUCAAUGUGGGAAGAGUUUUAGUCAAUCGGGAGAUCUGACAGUGCACCAGAGAAUUCACACAGGAGAGAAACCUUAUAGCUGUGAUCAAUGUGGGAGGAGUUUUGUUCAAGCAAGCCAUCUGACAGUGCACCGGAGAAUACACACAGGAGAGAAACCUUAUAGCUGUGAUCAAUGUGGGAAGAGUUUUAGUCAAUCUGGAGAUCUGACAAUGCACCAGAGAACACACACAGGAAAGAAACCCUAUAUUUGUGGUCAAUGUGGGAAGAGUUUUGUUAGAUCUGACCAGCUGACAUCACACCACAGAACACACACAGGAGAGAAACAUUUUAGCUGUGGUCAAUGUGGGAGGAGUUUUACUACAUUUAGCUAUCUGACAGUACACCAGAGAAAACACACAGGAGAGAAACCUUAUAGCUGUGAUCAAUGUGGGAGGAGUUUUACUUCAUCAAGCUAUCUGACAGUACACCAGAAAAAACACACAGGAGAGAAACCUUUUAGCUGUGGUCAAUGUGAGAGGAGUUUUACUACAUCUAGCUAUCUGACAGUACACCAGAGAAAACACACAGGAGAGAAACCGUAUAGCUGUGAUCAAUGUGGGAGGAGUUUUACUACAUCUAGCAAUCUGACAGUCCACCAGAGAAAACACACAGGAGAGAAACCUUAUAGCUGUGAUCAAUGUGGGAAGAGAUUUGCUACAUCUGGCCACCUGACUCAACACCAGAGAAUACACACAAGGGGGAAAUCUUAUAUCUGUGGUCAAUGUGGGAAAAGUUUUGGUCAAUCUGGCCAUCUGAUUCAACACCAGAGAACACACACAGGAGAGAAAUCUCAUAGCUGUGACCAGAGAUAAGGAGUUGUUUCAUGAUUUCAAUGAAUUAAUGUCACAAUGUAGAAUGUUUUAACAUUGUAGUAGGAGUAUUUUAAUGAUUUCACAAUGUAGAAGCCUAAACGUUUGCCCCCUUAUGAAUUGGUUUCAACAUGGAUAUUAGCCUCGGGGGAAAUCCAGGCUCUGAAAUGGAAGAGUUCUAUUUAUGUGAUUUAACAAAAAUGGACAAAGAAAAAAAGAGUUCAAAUCAAAUGUAUUUAUAUAGCCCUUCUUACAUCAGCUGAUAUCUCAAAGUGCUGUACAGAAACCCAGCCUAAAACCCCAAACAUCAAGCAAUGCAGGUGUAGAAGCACGGUGGCUAGGAAAAACACCCUAGAAAGGCCGAAACCUAGAGAGGAACCAGGUGGCCAGUCCUCUUCUGGCUGUGCCGGGUGCAGAUUAACACAGAACAUGGCCAAGAUGUUCAAAUGUUCAUAAAUUAUCAGCAUGGUCAAAUAAUAAUAAUCACAGUAGUUGUCGAGGGUGCAACAGGUCAGCACAUCAGGAGUGUAUGUCAGUCGGCUUUUCAUAGCCAAUCAUUAAGAGGUCUCUACCGCUCCUGCUGUCUCUAGAGAGUUGAAAACAGCAGGUCUGGGACAGGUAGCACGUCCGGUGAACAGGUCAGGGUUCCAUAGCCGCAGGCAGAACAGUUAACUGGAGCAGCAGCACGGCUAGAUGGACUGGGGACAGCAAGGACUCAUCAUGCCAGAUAGUCCUGAGGCAUGGUCCUAGGGCUCAAGACCUCAGAGAGAGAGAAAGAAAGAGAAAAUUAGAGAGAGCAUACUUAAUUUCACACAGGACACCGGAUAGGACAGGUACUCCAGAUAUAUAAAACUGACCCGAGCCCCCCGACACAAACUACUGCAGCAUAAAUACUGGAGGCUGAGACAGGAGGGGUCAGGAGACACUGUGGCCCCAUCCGAUGAUACUCCUAGACAGGGCCAAACAGGAAGGAUAUAACCCCACCCACUUUGCCAAAGCACAGCCCCCACACCACCAGAGAGAUAUCUUCAACCACCAACUUACCAUCCUGAGACCAGGCCGAGUAUAGCCCACAAAGAUCUCCGCCACGGCACAACCCAAGGGGGGGCGCCAACCCAGACAGAGAUCACGUCAGUGACUCAACUCACUCAAGUGACUCACCGCUCCUAGGGAUGGCAUGAAAGAACACCAGUAACCUAGUGGCUCAGCCCCUGCAAUAGGGUUAGAGGCAGGGAAUCCCAGUGGAGAGAGGGGAAGGGCGGUUCGUUGCUCCAGAGCCUUUCCGUUCACCUUCACACUCCUGGGCCAGACUACACUCAAUCAUAUGACCUACUGAAGAGAUGAGUCUUCAGUAAAGACUUAAAGGUUGAGACCGAGUCUGUGUUUCACAUUGGUAGGCAGACCAUUCCAUUAAAAUGGAGAUCUAUAGGAGAAAUCCCUGCCUCCAGCUGUUUGCUUAGAAAUUCUAGGGACAAUUAGAAGUUUCGACAAUUGUUGUCCUCUAACCUACAAAUUGUCCUCUAACCAGGGAUGUACACAUUACUCCCAGAUUCCAUGUGGGUUUUGAGCUGUUAGUUUUAACAGGAUGUGCAACCUCAUCUCUCUCCUCUUGCACAAAUUAUUUUAGCAUGAUAUCGAUGAAAAAUAUAUCUCCCAUUUCCAUGUGUUUUUUUU